AUGAAGAGAAGAUUCUAACUUAAAAUAAAUGAUUUAUCAAAUAGAUACUUAAUCUAGGGGAAAAUCGGUUAAGGAGGCUUUGGCACCGUAUAUGAGGCAUCAGUGCUAGAUGAUAAAGGUGUAAAAAUAGAGGGAUUAUCUGUUGCCUUUAAAUAACAAGAUAUCUCCAAACUUGCCAGUAAUGAUGCUGAUGAAUUUACAUAAAAAAUACUCAGAAUGAUCAGAGAAAUAACAACAUUUGAACUAAAACAUCCAAAUAUUGUUGAAGUAAUAGAUGCUCACAUAACAGUGGAAAAAAAGUUUGUGAUAGUAAGCGAGUUAGCCUAAAAUAAUUUAUAAAAAUAUGUCAAAGAACAACCAUAGAAACUUAGUGUUUCAAAGAUAUCUUUCAUUAUUUUACAAUUACUGGAAGCUUUAGAAUAUAUUCAUAGCCUGGAUAUUAUUCACAGAGACAUUUCCCCCGAUAAUAUUCUAGUUUUCAAAGAUAAUACUGUAAAGAUAUGUGACUUUGGAGUUGUCUCUUACGGUUAAUAAACAUAUUAAGGAGCUGGUAAGAAGGGAUAUCAAGCUCCAGAAUCAAUGUUAAAUCAAAGGUAAACAAGCAAAAGUGAUAUCUGGUCUCUCGGAAUUGUGCUCUACUAUCUUGUUACCGGAGAAGACAAUAUUAAUAACUAAUCAGUAAAUAGUUUACUUUCAGUUCCAGAUGAAUAGCAAAAGCUUAAGUUGCCUGAUAGAUAUUCCUAAUUCCAACAAAUCUUUAAUUAGAUGACUGCAUAUUAUCCUGUUAAGAGACCUUCUAUAAAAUUCCUGAAAGAGAAAUUUGUGCAAUUGAUUGACAAUCCAUUAAUAUACAAGGCUUAUUAGGAGGAAUUAUUAGCUUUUAGAAUCAAGUAGUUUUCUGAGGCACAAAAACUUGAAGUUGAUUCAUUUUCUUAGUUUAUUCUAAGUCAGUUACUUUAAAAAGAGGAUAUGAUUUCGAAUGAUGUAAUUUAGGAUAACUUGGAGGAGCUCCUUCUAUCAAUAAAAUCUUAUAAGUCAUUAGUCAAGUCUCACUUGAAGGAUAAGCAGGCAGAAAAAUUGAAGUUCUAAGGAAAAAUAGGAGAGAUUCUAAUUCCAUAUGUAGAGAAAUAGUUUAACAGCAAUGAAUUAAUUAAAGUUGUUCCAGAGAUAAAGCCUUUAACUAAUGAGGAGCUAAUCUAGAGGUAAAAAGAAUUUAGAAGAUUAGUAGACAAGUAUGUGAAAAAGGUAGACGGGAUGAAUGAUCUUCUUUUCUAGCUAGAUGGAGAGUGUAAAUUACUGUACAAGGCAUCAGAAGACGGAUUUAAAGCAGAAGACUUCCAUUAAAAAUGCGAUAAUAAAGGCCCUACAGUCGCGUUUGUACUUAGUGAGUUCGGAUAAGUAUUUGGUGGAUACACGUCAUAAGAAUGGAAGACUCCUGAAUCAUUUUUCUAAUAGAAUGCUGAUGAAAAAGCAUUUAUAUUUUCUCUCACAAAAAAUACAAAGCAUGAUUAGUAUUAGAACAAUGAGUACGCUGUGUAGCAUUUUAGAAAUUAACUCAUCAAUUUUGGAAUGACAGAAAUACAAAUAAAAGACAGCUGCAAUGAUAGAAGAACUAGUCAAAGCAACAUUGGAAGUACUUAUUUGCCACCUAAGGAAAUUAAAUACGGAGAUUAGAAAGCCGAAGAAUAUUUAGCUGGGCAGGAGAAAUUCAUAGUUUUGGAAAUUGAAGUGUAUUCAGUGAAAGCUGGUUGA